GGGAGACAAGUCCAUGGAGGAAAAAGAUGACAUUAGUUAUGACCAUGGUGUUCCAAGUUCAGGUGAUGUCCAGAAAGUCAUUGACCUCUAUAGUUGGGGAGCCAAGCAUGGGGAGGGUAACACCUAUGGCAAUCUUGGCAAUGCUUAUCACAGUCUGGGUGAUUUCAAGAAAGCAUUAGAGUACCACAACCUACUUCGUAAAGUAGUCAAAGAAGUAGGAGACAAGCAGGGGGAGGGUUAUCGCAGUCUGGGUGAUUUCAAGAAAGCCAUAGAGUACCACAACCUACAUCUUAAAAUAGCUAAAGAAGUAGGAAACAAGCAUGAGGAGGGUAACGCUUAUCACAAUCUUGGCAAUGCUAAUUACAGACUGGGUGAUUUCAAAAAAGCUAUAGGGUACCACAACCUACAUCUUAAAAUAGCUAAAGAAGUAAGAGACAAACGUGAGGAGGGUAAAGCUUAUGGCAAUCUUGGCAGUGUUUAUUGCAGUCUGGGUGAUUUCAAAAAAGCCAUUGAGUACCACAACCUACAUCUAAAAAUAGCUAAAGAAGUAGGAGACAAACAUGAGAAGGGUAAUGCUUAUGGCAAUCUUGGCAUUACUUAUCACAGUCUGGGUGAUUUCAAAAAAGCCAUAGAGUACCACAACCUACAUCUUAAAAUAGCUAAAGAAGCAAGAGACAAGCAUGGGAAGGGUAAAGCUUAUGGCAAUCUUGGCAUUGCUUAUGACAGACUAGGUGAUUUCAAGAAAGCCAUAGAGUACCACAACCUACAUCUUCAAAUAGCUAAAGAAGUGGGAGACAAGCAUGGGGAGGGUAAAGCUUAUGGCAAUCUUGGCAAUGCUAAUUACGGACUGGGUGAUUUCAAAAAAGCCAUAGAGUUCUACAACCUACAUCUUGAAAUAGCUAAAGAAAUAGGAGACAAGCAUGGGGAGGGUAAAGCCUAUGGAACUCUUGGCAGUGCUUAUCACAGUCUGGGUGACUUCAAAAAAGCCAUAGAGUACCACACCCUACAUCUUAAAAUAGCUAAAGAAGUAGGAAACAAGCAUGGGGAGAGUAAUGCUUAUGGCAAUCUUGGCAUUGCUUAUCACAGUCUGGGUGAUUUCAAAAAAGCCAUAGAAUUCUACAACCUACAUCUUGAAAUAGCUAAAGAAAUAGGAGACAAGCAUGGGGAGGGUAAAACUUAUGGAAAUCUUGGCAUUGCUUAUGACAGACUGUGUGAGUUUAAAAUAGCCAUAGAGUGCCACAACCUAGAUCUUAAAAUAGCUAUAGAAGUAGGAGACAAGCAUCGAGGGGGUAGUGCUUAUGGCAAUCUUGGCAUUGCUUAUUACAAUCUGGGUGAUACCAAAAAAGCCAUAGAGUACCACAACCUACAUCUUAAAACAGUUAAAGAAGUAGGAAACAAGCAUGGGGAGAGUACCGCUUAUUGCAAUCUAGGCAAUGCUAAUUACAGACUGGGUGAUUUCAAAAAAGCCAUAGAAUACCACAGCCUACACCUCAAAAUGGAAAAAAAAGUAGGAGACAAGCAUGGGGAGGGUAAAGCUUAUGGCAAUCUUGGCAAUGUUUAUCACAGUCUGGGUGAUUUCAAGAAAGCCAUAGAGUAUUACAACCUACAUCUUGAAAUAGCUAAAGAAAUAGGAAACAAACAUGGAGAGGGUAACGCUUCUGGCAAUCUCGGCAUUGCUUAUGACAAACUGGGUGAUUUCAAAAAAGCCAUAGAGUACCACAACCUACAUCUUAAAAUAGCUAAAGAAGUAAGAGACAAGCAUGGGGAGGGUAAAGCUUUUGGCAAUCUUGGCAUUGCUUAUGACAAACUGGGUGAUUUCAAAAAAGCCAUAGAGUACCACAACCUACAUCUUAAAAUAGCUAAAGAAGUAGGAGACAAGCAUGGGGAGGGUAAAGCUUAUUGCAAUCUUGGCAUUGCUUAUCACAGUCUGGGUGAUUUCAAGAAAGCCAUAGAGUAUUACAACCUAGAUCUUAAAAUAGCUAAAGAAGUAGGAGACAAGCAUGGGGAGGGUAAAACUUAUGGAAAUCUUGGCAUUGCUUAUGACAGACUGGGUGAGUUCAAAAAAGCCAUAGAGUGCCACAACCUAGAUCUUAAAAUAGCUAUAGAAGUAGGAGACAAGCAUGGAGAGGGUGGUGCUUAUGGCAAUGUUGGCAAUGUGUAUCGAACUCAGGGAGAUUUGAUCAAGGCCAACAAGUCAUUCAAGCUAAUGCUCAAAAUUGCCAAAGAGGUCGAAGACAAAUCCUUCGAGGCAAUGGCCCACUGUUCAUUAGGACCCGUUUUUGAGUUGCAGGGUCGACUGCCAAAAGCUGUUGAAUCUUACCGAGCUAGCAUAACCUUAUUUAAUUCCUUGAGAAUACUUCUAAAAUCUAAAGAUGAAUGGAAAGUUAAUUUUCGAAAUCAGUAUCAAAUGGCGUAUACGGGUUUGUGGAGAGUUCUCGUAAAACAAGGUAAUAUAGAUGAAGCCUUACUUGCCGCUGAUAAAGGACGAGCCCAAGCUCUCACCGACCUUAUGGAAUCCCGUUUUUGUGGUGGAACAAGUCAGUACAAGGGAAGCGAUGAAGAUUUAGCAGUUUUAAAAAACGUUCCAUCAAACACUGUCUUUCAGGCAAUGGACAGAGCUGACGUCAAUCUUUGGGUUGUGUCCGAAGGAAAACAAGUUCAGUUAAGACAAAGUAAACUCAAUGGUUCUGUUUCAGAGAACAGUAGGGCUAGUCAGUCCUUUGAGUCGUUCAUGCUCGGUGUCUAUACACAACUUGGUGUUCGUUCUAAUGUGAGAUGUGAGAACCGAUCUUUGGAUGCUUUGAGCGAGGACCGUUCAAAAGUGGAUCAGGAAACGAAAGAAGACAACCCUCAAGCUUCCAUCCAACAAAACAAAUGCUUGAGCACUUUGUAUAAUACCGUUAUGAAGCCGGUGGCUGACUUGGUUCAAGGGGAUGAGCUACUCAUUAUUCCCGAUGGACCCCUGUGGCUCGCUCCUUAUGCUGCACUGAAGGAUGGUAAUUCUAAAUACCUGUGUGAAUCGUUCAGAAUCCGUCUCGCUCCAUCGUUAACUAGUGUUAGACUCAUUGCCGAUUGCCCAGAUGACUAUCACAAAAGCAGUGGUGCGUUACUUGUAGGAGAUCCGUGGGUAGCCGAG